AUGUUCAUGAGUACUUCGGCUUCUUUUUCUGACUUGGUUACCAUUGGAGAACGCAUCAAAAGGUACAUCAGGACAGGAAAAAUUCAGGGUUCAUUUAGCACUAUCAGUAUCAGUAAUGAAAAACUAUACUUCAGCUCUGGUAAUAAGAAAGAAGGAGAAAGUAGUACUGCAAUUAUUGGAACCCUUGCCUACUCUCAAGUUCAAGCUCCGAAUUAUGAGACACUAGUUAUUCGUUCUAACCGACAUGCUUCUCAAACAUAUGUCACAGUUUCAACUAAACAAUCUCAGGUGGCCCGACAACAGCCAGUCCCUCAGUCAUUCUCUCAUCCACAUUAA